UACGUUCGAUUACAACACAACGUCGAGGCACAUCGUAGAAUUUAUUUAACGAACGCACUUAGUCUCUCGAGUUCCAUUAGACAAUCUCUUCUAUCUCGCAAGAUGUUAGUUUCAUUCGUUAAAUAUUUGUCUUCGUUGUUAAACAAAAAUUUCACUUUCACGUUUUUACUUUUGUCUUUAUUUAUGAGAACCUGUGCCCUAAUCGAAGAUCCAUAUAACGAAAACAGACCUUACGAAUUCUCUUUCAACAUCGUCAAUUUUCAACAUAGAUAUGAGAAGAAAGACAUUGACGGGAUUAUUACUGGUGAAUACGGUUUUAUAACGGCAGAUGGAGUUUAUCACGAAACUGGAUAUGCCACUGAUAAGAACGGGGAUUUUAUUAUAACGAAAAUGAGAAAUCGAAAGAUCACAAGUCUGAAAGACGCACGAGAGAUCUUCAAGGAUAGACCCGAAGCUGCGAAAAAGCUCUUCGAAGUUGUAACGAAAGCUUGCAGUGGGUGUAAAAUUCCGACUAAUAAAAGUACAGAAGUAAACCAGAACGAAAUUCUUACGAAAGAUGCUGAAUCAUUGAUUGAGAACAAAAUUAUUAAACCGAUAUUAAAAGAAAUGAUGAAGAAAGAAGAUGAACGGAUGGAACGUGUUGUUAAAGAAAUGAUGAUAAAUUCUAUUAAAAGAAUCAUUUCUAACGAUACUAAAAAGAAUGAAAUUAUUCUCAAAAACAGUUCUCUUGAGAAAAUGGCUAAUGAUCUUUACUAUCGUUUCAAUUAUUCGAUAAGUUCGCACGGUCAUCAGGAGACUGGUUAUCGUAAUGGUGAUAAAAAUGGCAAUUAUCGAUCAUGGAGUGAAAGUGGUGUCGACACACGAGUGAAAUACGUAUCAAACAAAUUCGGUCAUCAACCGAAUAUCACUUUUCAUCCACAAUUGAACGAAACAAAGAAAAAAGAUCAAUCGCUGAAAGGCUAUUCCUUUCUUUGGUAUUUUUCAUAAAUAUUAUAUUUUACUUUUCUCAAUGCGAAUACAUAGAUGUAAGAAAUAGAGAUGUAAAAAAUAGAAAAAGAAAAUAAAAAAAUAAAAGAGGAAAUCUCCAUAAUUUUUUUCUUCAAUAUGACGAAGAGAAAAUAUUUAAAAACUUUCGAUAUU